AGCUAAACACGUAGAUCGUAGUUCGCGCGACCAGUUCAAAGAGUGAUUAAAUUGUCCAAGAUAACAAUUCCGAGGCCUUCGAAAGUAGAGACUGCUACUUCUUGAAAGUUCGGAGCAGAUCGGGCUGACGAGAUUUCAGCGCCACGAGCAUCGUCGAGCUGGAAUCAUGUAGCUCCUACUGUUCGAAGCUGAACGGCGACUAGGACAGCCAAACUGGAGACUAACAAGAUACCUGGAAAAUGUCCGAUCUCGACCUCCUGGUUAGAAUUCAGAUCCUCGAUCAGCAGACUCGAGACCGACGGAGGCACAACGGACGUAUCGGCCGGUUCUAUCGAAUAAUAGCGGCGAGAAGGUCUGGCGUGAUUUAACGAGGAGGUAUGCCAGCGCGACCUCCGUGCUCGACUUCCCGGUACGUGAGUCAGGAUCGCAGGAAUCGGCAGCUACCACAAGGAUGAGCGCUAAGAUAUCCCUGGCUGGGCCGUGCACGGCGCAGUCAGCGGUGAACCAUCGUGGUAAACCAUCGUCGGGGCUGUUGCUCGCCGGGACGUCCGUGAAGAGACCGUCGUCGAUGACCGUAGAGGUGACUGGCACCGAGGAAAGAGCAGUCAAACGAGCCACUGUUCCAGAACUGGAAGCAUCGUCCAACUCGUCGCGACCGAACACGUUGUCGGAGAGAGAGAGCACAAUGCCAGCCUUAGCGCGUGCCUGCACUACUGCCACUCUGCCAAGGAUCAAGAGAUUCAAAUUCGCGUCGAUCGCGUCGACGUCGAGGCCGCGUCUCGAUAUAACCGCGACUGACGUCAAGACAACGCAUCUCCAACAUCAACACCACCACCAACAGCAGCAGCAGCAGCAGGCGUCAUCACCGAUGUCGACUCUGGUGUGCUGCGAGCCGGUCUCGGCCGGACGUUCUCGGGACAACCUCAAGCUGGUUCUGAAUCGUAGUCUGAGCGAGCCAGGUCCGCCCGCUGGCGCGUCCAGCUUUCUAUCCUCCCCUACGUCGACCGUUUCACCGAGCUCGUCCACCAGCAGCGGCGUGGACAUCGUCGACGCCAGCGACAGCACUAACUGCAGCCUGAACGCCAGCGGCAGCAGCAUCAGCACCACCAGCAGCAGCGGUACUGACUGCGACCACCCUCUGAACGACGUCCACCGUCACUACCACCAUCUCCAUCACCACCAUCACUUCCAUCAGCAUCAGCUGUCGGCAUCAAAGCGCUGCAAACUGGAGACCGUGAGCCUCCCAGCCAGCCCCUGUUCCGAGAACAACACGCUGCAGAGGCAGCUGGUGCUGCAGAGGACCGGCACGGUCACCGCCGACGAACUGGCCCAACGUCUGCUCGGCCAGAAACCGGACAGCAGUCCUGUCCUCCUCGACUGUCGACCCUUCAUCCUCUACAACGUGAACCAUGUGAGAGGUGCCAUCAACGUGAACUGCUCCGAUCGGUUCAAUCGGAGGAGGCUGCAGUUGGGCAAGGCGACGCUCGCCGACCUAGCCACCACCAGGGAGGGAAAGGAACUCCUACGGAAGAGACACUACAGGGAGGUGGUCGUCUACGACGACUGCACCGACGAUCCGGACCGUCUGCCCGUGCAACAUCCAUUGUUCCUCGUGUUGGUCGCCCUGUUGGAGGACAAUAGGGAGCCUGCUCUUCUGAUCGGUGGACACAAAGAGUUCCACAGGCGGCACAGGGACCUCUGCGAGGACACGCUUCUCCCAGCGGGCGGAGCCGGCCCGUCGACGGUAGGCGGUUGUCCGAGCCCGGGACCAGGUUGUCCGGUGUUGAGUCUGUCAGGACCGCCGACACCCCAACCCGCGGACAUCGACAGUCACCCCGCGUCCCGGGUUUUACCUUUCCUGUACCUUGGCAAUGGCAGAGACGCGGCUGAUCUCCAACUCCUUCGCGCGCUAGGCGCCACCAGGGUCCUUAACGUUACUUCACAGUUGCCCGGAUAUCACGAGGAGAGGGGUAUUACCUACAGGCAGAUCCCUGCCUCGGAUUCCGGGCACCAGAACCUCAAACAGUACUUCGAGGAAGCCUUCGACUUCAUCGAGGAAGCCCGAAAAGCCGGAAGCAGCGUGUUGGUGCACUGUCAGGCGGGAGUGUCGCGCAGCGCGACAAUCGCAAUUGCGUACAUAAUGCGGCACAAGGGUCUGUCCAUGGUGGAGGCGUACAAGCUGGUGAAAAACGCGCGACCGAUCAUCAGCCCGAACCUGAACUUCAUGGGCCAGCUACUGGAGCUAGAACAGGGCCUGAGGGCGUCGGGCGGCGUGGCUCCGGGGCCCGAGGAGCCCAAAAGUUGUCAUCAGUGUCGCUGGUCGCAUCAACAGAACAGCGAGGAGGUCACGUCCGGGUGCAGCGUGUGAGGACAGCAUCCGGAUACGUUGGGCCCCGGUUGUCGUCGUGCCCCGGGCCCGCCAGGAGAAAACUACUCUACACAUAUCCUGCAUAUCCGCGCGGAUCGAACUCGUUCUCCCUGUUUCUCCCGCGGAAGAAGAACUCGGAUUACCUUGCUACACGUGCCUUGGCGAUCGCCCCCAGAUACGGGAAAGGCUGAUUUCACAGAGACAGUUUAUUUCUUAUUCACCGGAUAACUUAUUUGAGUGGAAGGGAAGAUGAGAGAGAGAGAGAAAGAGAGAGAGAGAGCACAUCGUUGACCGGCGGGACAGCUCGAAGGAUUGGGGGGAUAAAUGGCGCGCGACGUCCAUCUUGCGGAGGAAAGGUGAAGCUACCUAGCGCGCCACCAUGCUGUUCCCGUGCAGGCAACGCGUACGCGCCACACGUCGCGAAUUAUUUAUUUCGUCGGAGAGAGAGAGACUUGGUGCAAUCGUCGUAAAAUGGUGUACUUACGCGACAGUGUUCCGCAGGAUCUUGGUACGAAAGGCCGAGAGACACGCGAAUUUUUUCCCUCUCGAAAAAAGUAACCUCUAAUUCAUUCUCGUCGGGGGUUAGCGAGAACAGUCGAAUUCACGAUGCGUUCGUUGUCUUCUCGUUUGGAAAGGUUACCACGCGCGAAAACGUUUCGAAAGACAAUUUUAUUCGUUUCAAACCCCGUUUCGUUUUGCUUUUAUUCGUACAUUUUUUUUAUUCGUCCACGAUCGAAAAUGAUUUAACCCCGUUACGAAGAAUCUUAGAUGUACCUUGUCAGGGACACUGCUUGGAAACGCUGUUGCGCACGAAGACGACACGAGUCCUUUGUGCAUGUUCGAAAUCACUGCACCCCGGGUAUAGCCAGUUUGCCAUCGGAAGACGCGUGUACGUGGAAUGGAAAACGGUUGAAUGUAUGUCAAUUGAGAUCAAUAAUACCUAUGUUUGCGUUUUUUGCCUUUGCCUAUUUGUAUCUGUAUUCGUAUAUUAUAUUACUUGAUAGCGAAGUGGUUUAUAUUUGAUAAAUAAUAUAUCGUUAACCGGAAUUUAACUUAACCACGAACGCUCCGUAGCAUUUAAGGAUCUGGUUGAGAUCCAACCAUCGUGAUCUAGUCGUUUGUUGGGAUGUAAUGUUUACUGUAAGGUGCGAAAGAGAGAGUAAAUGCCCCCGCCAAUUUAAUUUAGACUAUACAACGUCGUCGACAACUCGAGGGACAACGGUUACGAUUUUAAACGAAUACACGAUGCCAAAACAACGAUUUUUAGUUUCGAAUUCGACGAGUCUCGGGGCUCCGGGCGAAGUUCGACGCAACGACCAAAUUAUUAUCUAUCGCCGAUCUUGAAACGUGCGCGUGAAAUUAAUUGGAUCGUCCCGACCAAUGUACGUGCAUCGAAAUCAAACAAUUCCACGUGAGAGAUACAAGGCGCCUUCGUGCUGCUUGUUUUAAGUGUUCGGUCACGUGUUGCGCGAUACAGAUGCGCGAACAAGAUAUCUAACCUCGUUGUUACGUUUAUCUCAACUUUUAUUUACUCUGCAAAAUUGCUUUGUAACAUUCUAUUGCAAUCUUAUGUUAGAAAUCCAAACGAAUGUAACAUAUUUUAUCUAUGUUGCACAUCACGCGAUCGACGAGGAGAAACUUUCUUUUAUCACCAAAGUCUUCGCGCCUGCGAAUUGUUUGAGAUGUUUUGCACAAAACGAUUCAACGGAAUUGUGCCACGUGCAGGAAGAUUUUCUCGUCUUGGAACUCGGUCUGCGUUGGAUGUUACGUCGAAUAGAAUUAAAAAAACGAACGCUUUUUAACCAAGUAAAUAUAAUUUUUUCUUCUCGCUUAAUUUCGUAUAUGUAUAAGAUAUUGUGUUUGAAUUUGGACCAAAGACCUUUUUUCCUCGUGUGGCACGAUUCCACCCGAGUAUUUAUAUUCGAACGCGUUGCAAUGCAGUUUCCGAUCGUCUUUAAAAAUAAAUACGCAGCAUUUUAAUCGACGAAUUAACCUCGUUAAUUCACGCGAACGACGGCCACGAAAUAGAGUCGACCGUGGCGCGCGGAAAGAGAAAAACAAAAUGGAGAAUCCAAUUCGUUGAAAUACCUCGAGCAACGGCCUGUACACAGGAGAUGUUGAUUGAAGAAAAAAAAAAAAUGUAACACGUGCGAAUACUGUUACGACACGACAAUCGCCGCUGUUAAUCAAACCGAGCAGCUGUUCAAAAAAAAAAAUAAUGUCGCUUUUAACCGAUAUGCCUUUCUACAUUAGAGACUCAACUGUUGACAAUAAAAGCUCGACAAGCGAGAAAGAGAGAGCUGUUGUGCGUGAAGAAAAACGAGUAAUAAUAGCAUACGAGACAGAGCAAGUUCCUUCAAAUUCUCUAAUUCUCUCGAGAAACAAAAAGAAAACGGUACAUAUCAAAGAGACGUCGCCUUUAUUUUCCCUCUUUUAUGGAUCGCGGAGAAGUCGCGUUCGCGGAUGGAUGGCAGCGGGGCCUGAAGUAUCCUCCGCGUCGUCGCGACGUCUCCGUAGACAUUGUAAAAAGUGUAGUGAAUAGCGUUGUAAAUAGAUAUAAUGUCGCAGAUCGAAGACACUGGCGAUCACGAAUAGAAUCGCGGAAAAGAAGAGACCGAUUGGUAGCACCAUAUUAAAAAAAAACAAAGAAAGAGAGAACGAGAGAGCCACACGAGCGCGUAGUACCUGUUGCGUCGUGAGAAUGUAUAUGACGUGUAUGUAGCGUUUACUGGAUUGUGGGAGAUCUUUAACAAUAAAAUUAUACAUGUGGACCUGCGAUAAAUAGUCGUUGCAGUAGCGAUAACUGGCUGUUAUGACGUGAUUUUGUGACUAGAGCUGACAAAGUAAAGCCUUAAAACGGGUAAACAGCAAAGGAGUUGUAUAUCAUUGCACGUUGAGAGUUGCCUGAAAAAGAUUUACCGUCGAGACGGAUUCGACUGACCGUUCAAGGCCAUCGAGGGCUUUCCUCCAUCGUGACGUUCAAUUUACCACGCCCCCUAUCGUUGCGACCGAAAUUCCUACGGAUGAUAUACAAUUUUGCGAGGCUGCAUUUUGUCUGGUUCCGUUUUGUAUCGACUCCUGGAUAUUCGCGAUUACGAUUUGUCGUAAAUUGACGUAACCUUUUAUUGCUGGUGUCUUUCUGCGUCGGUAUGCACAUGUUAAGGUUAGUGUACUCUGUAACGGUCGUCGUUUGAAACAGUGCCGUACGAUCCAGUGGCGCGCGCACACUAGUUGGGGACGGAAACUGGCACCAAGCUGACCAACCCGUAGAAACGCUCCUGUACGAUCGGAUCCUAUCGAUUUUCAUUUUAAAUGUACAGUUAAAUGUAACGUAACGUAUGCAUACGCGCGAGGACAAGUAUUGUAUCAUAUCAAAAUUUAUUUAGUUAUUUUAUGAAUAAAAAUGUAAAUCGCACGCUUUUUGCGGUCGAUUCCUUGCGUUUCAUGAACGAUGGCUUCCCGUUUAUAUAUUUUUUAUUUCGUUAACGGGGUCUCCUCGCAACUCGGGUCGAAAUAUAUUUGGGAUUUUAUUUUCGAGAAAAAUACGAAUAUAGAAACUUUGCACGCUAAUUAAUAUUUUUGCAAAGAUAUUGGCUGAACUUUUUCGCGCAAUUCUAACAGUAAACGAGUUAUUAAUAAUAUCACAACAGUGCAUCGACAAUCGAUGAACAUGAUUACGCUUCAUUUAGUAAUUAGAAGCGAAAGAUACAAAUUAUUUUUUUGCACGAAUAUGGAAGAAAUUCAGGAGCUAAAAAAUUGACAAAAUGACUGCACAUAGGAUGGAUAAAACGGGAUUUAUUACAAGUUUUUUUACCUUAUUUUUACAUUGUAAGAAAAGUUUUUAACAUACUGAGAUAGUCCUAAUACAAAUGAAAAUUGUAACAAAAAUUUCGAAUUAAUCGACUACCUUCUGAAAUAAUAAUGUUCAUGCUAGUUCAAAUUUUGUUUACGAUUAUGUUUUGCUACGCAUUUGAAUCAAGGCAUGAAGAAAAUGCCUAAGGCGCCGGGACAAAAGAAAAGAAUCUUUGCGUAGCAGGCAGAUUUUGUAACAUAAAAGAUACGAUUGUUAAGAAAAUGUUUAUUUAGACAGAAAAUAUCGAAUUUCGAAUAUAAUAAAAUUUCCAAAUUUUCGCGAUGUAAUCGGGGAUAAAUCUCCUUAGACCGAACGAUCCCUUUUAUCGAUGCGCUUUUUUCAUUCCAAAGGAAUGGAAAUUGAUGUAGAAAACCAAGUUCGUAGACAGAUGGCGGCUGUGAAAUGGUGCACACAGUUAAAUAAUAAACGGAAACGUGUUCGCAGACUUUUGUUUUUUUUCAACUUAAUUCAUUAUUUUCGACCUUAUUACUGGAGUAAUAAAAACAUGAUUGUGCAUACGAUGAAGUACGUAAAUACAAAUUCGAUCUGUUUGCUUUCUCUCGAUUCUGCUCGCUUACAUGCAUAAUGCACUUGCACACCUCAGUCUCCUGCUUUCUAAAUGUAUAUGUAUGUAUGCUUCGCUGGAAGUAAAUAUUAGGUUGCAGCGGUAAUAUAUAUAUAUAUAUUUAUAUAUAUAACUAAUAGUAGAAUAGGGGUCAAUGCCGAGUUUCUGCUUUCUCUUCGUGACGCACCCCUUUCGUUACGUUUCGCUCCGUUCAC